UGGUAUAUGGUAUAUACGCAGGUGUGUUCACAGUGCUUGUGCACCCCGCGUCACGCGCCAGCCACUCGGUGUCGAAAAGAGACGGUGGGUGGCUGUGAAAAUUAGAAAAAGUCAAAAGAGAGGAAGAAAAAGUGAAGCGGAAUAAAGUAUCCUUCUUUGCCAUAUUGUACGGUAUCUCACAGCUGGAGAAAGAAGCGAAGAAGUCUGACUUGUUCUCUUGUUAAUAGAGGGUAGUUCAUCUGUGUUCCUGUACUCAGGGUUAUAACCAAAAGGGAAGGUCGCGAAGUGAAACACAUUCGUCUCUUGAGAGUAUAGUCUAACCGUCUGUCUGCUGAGAAUGGUUCAGAGGUUCUGCACUAGCGUGGCUGCGCUUAGCCUCGCCCUGAGUGCUUGCGUUAUUUUCCCCCGUGCUGUCAUGGCGAUCGACUUAAGUCGAUUUUAUGGUCACUUCAAUACCAAACGUACAGGAGAUGCUUGUCGUCCCUACGAGCCAUUCAAGUGUCCAGGGGACGGUAUAUGUAUCUCGAUUCAGUAUCUCUGUGACGGAGCUCCCGACUGUCAAGAUGGAUACGACGAAGAUUCACGUUUAUGCACAGCUGCAAAAAGACCACCGGUAGAGGAGACUGCUAGUUUCCUGCAGUCGUUGUUGGCAAGUCACGGUCCAAAUUAUCUCGAGAAAUUGUUUGGAACGAAGGCACGGGAUACGCUAAAGCCUCUUGGUGGCGUGAAUACAGUUGCUAUAGCGCUUUCUGAAUCUCAGACGAUCGAAGAUUUUGGUGCAGCCUUACAUCUAAUGCGCUCUGAUUUGGAACACUUGCGCUCUGUGUUUAUGGCGGUGGAGAAUGGUGAUUUAGGCAUGUUGAAAUCAAUCGGUAUCAAGGACUCAGAGCUGGGGGACGUGAAGUUUUUCCUGGAAAAGCUCGUCAAAACCGGUUUUCUCGACUGAAUUGGCAUUUUCUUGGAACGUCACGGCGGAGGCGCUAUAACAUUGGCUGUAUCGUAUUACAAUCGCACUAUCCUAUCGCUUUGAAAGAUUCUUUGGCAAGUCUCCUUUGCGAAAUGAUCGCCCCCUACUUCUUUCCUUCUUUUUUCCAUCCCUUUUCUUCUCCUCUUCCACCAUUUCAAGUUUCCUUGUCGCUUUCUUUCGGUGUCAUCUUACUGCUCUCCUUACUUUUCAAAAAACACGUUGAGUGAGCACCGAGAUAAGUUGGGAAGAUAUCUAUCGUUACCGAGAGGCAUGGGAGUACUGAAUGUUUAAACUUUCCUUAAAUGUCAAGGGUCGAUGUUUGUAUAUCUGUGCACCUUUAUCGAUGCAACGUCACUCAUUUUCGCGCUGCAAUGGGCACGCGUUUUACUCCGAUAAACGUUCUACUUUUUACACAUAUUACGUAGAAUUAAAAACAAGAAAGACGAAUUAAAGAAAUGAUGGCAAUGUUUGACGGUGAAUAGGAUGGUCGCGUAUGGAGGCGAUACGAGAGCUUUGUGAUUACCAAUCCCAUUAAGUAUAUAUAUUUUACUGGAACAUUCUAUUCGACGUCAUGUAAUCUACGAUCGAUACUAAUUAAUUGUCGCUUUGUUUCCGUGACUAACAUGACGUCGUCGACAUGCAAUCGUCAUUCGAGACACGAAGAACUAUAUGAACACAAAGAGAGGAAACGUUUAGAUAUUUCGUUUAUAGAUUAAUUCAUUCCGUUUUAACGAUAUGUAUGUAAUAUUCUAAUUAGUAAUUAACAAUUUCAGAAAGAUCCAAACUAGGAACGGGUUUGAAGAUUUACUUUUGCUUUUGUAAUUUCGUGCCUGGCGCAGCAUACAAGAAACGAAUAAUUAAUGGAAUUUGAUUUUACAACAUCGUCAGACUCCCAUUCUACUCGUAUUUUAUUACAUUACCGAAGCUGUGCUUUGGUGGCUAAUAUUCGUGAUAUUGGAGAUAAUGACGUACAUAAACUCAUGCAUGAUGCAAGACCUGUUUAGCGGCUGGAACACUGCAUGUGUUUUUCGCUACAGAAAUUUUUGUGUACAAUAUAUAUGUAUACACACACACACGCGCGCGCGCGCACACACACACACACACACACACACACACACACACACGUUAUCUAUUGCAUUUCUACAUGCUUAUGAAACCGGAUAAUUACUGCUGGUACAGUACCACAUAUAAAGGUCUUUCUACGGAUUUCAGUUUCUUGUCGUAUCGAGGUUGAGAUGUUUCUAGAUUUUGCACCAGUAUCUCUGUGGCUAACAUUUAGAUUAAUUAAUAUUUCACAGAACAUUACAAGAUAUACUAUUACCCACAGAUAAGUAAGUGAGGGACAAUCAGAAAAAUGUCAAAUAAUACCUCUUCCAAUAUAUACUCGAGAGAAGUUGCUUUGAUACUUGAAGUACAAGGGAAUGAUUAGAACAUGAUUAAGAAUCUGUAAGUAUCUCUUUCUAUAGAGUAUAAUAGUUACCGUUGGUUUUACCAACGAAUGAAAUGCUUGUAUACGAUUAAUCCUCGUCGAUACGGACCGAACGGAAAUACGUAGACAAGCCUGAUUCGCAUCUAAAGAUAUUUUGUUAAACCGUUCAGUAUGAUUUAAUCGUGUAUCUUGUAGUAUUGUAAAACACACGCGUUUUGACAUACUCUUUCGUUGGUGUAAUAUGUAAUACGGGAAGAUCGAUGCAAAAACCUCCAACAAUCGGAAGGACUUUGAAUCGAUUUUUCUACCUACAUGCGAUCUUUAUCGACUGUUUCUGUUAGAAUGCUACUGCGACACAAGAUAUAAAUUCUGACUUCAUUAAGAGAAAAAUCAAUGCAAAAGGACAAAAAGAUUAUCUCGAUUAAUUACGUUUCUGUUAAUUUAAUUUAUGAGCCACGUUAUAGAGGAAUAUAAAUUUCUUGCUACUCAAACAAUUGAUCUUUAGUACAGUAUAAAUAUACAAAUCAUUUAUAUCAAAGAAUACAUACAAUUAUACAUACAUGUACAUGUACACACCUAUACACGUAUAUGUAUAUAAAAAUCUACAUAUACAUAUAUUAUAUCUAUUUUAAACAUGAGAAGCGAAGCAGGUACAAAUCGAGCAUCGUAUCGCGUUCCUUCAGGGUAUAACGCGUCCUUUACUUAAGAAUAUGAAGGUGACGAUGAUGAUGAUGAUGAUGAUGAAGAAACAAGUAUACAAUGCUAUGAUGUAUUAAUAUUUUCAUUACGGUAACGCAACACAACAUAUCAAUAUAGAUACAUAUCAGUAAUCUAAUUUGGAGAUGAAUGCCGAAUUCUCUCUGAAAGCCAGUUCUCUAUUUUAGUCUUUUUAGGAUUUGAAAAUGAAUAAUUCACGAGUUUUAACGAUAAAGUUCCCUUGUGAAAUUUCGAAACUAUAAAUACAUAUCAAAUAAAACGGAGAACGAUUAAACGUGGCUUCACUCUGGAGAGACUUCAGUAUAGUGAUGAAAUGCAUCUCUAUCUAUUAAGCGUAAUAUCUUCUAGUCAACCAAUGAUAUAUCUUCUAAUUAAUGAUAAAUAAGUCUAUAUAUAUAAUUACGUAUCAACAGAGGAGUCACUUUUAUCAGAUAGUAGAUAUAUAUUAUUUUGAUAUAUAAAAGAAAAGCGAAGAAAAAAUAAUGAAAAGAGAGAUGUGUAACAUUCCCUCUAGAUGUCAAUUACGGUCCAAAGUAGGGCCUGGACCGAAGACAAAAUCCCGAGGGAAGUUUGUGUAAGCUUUAGGUAUCGAGACUUCUUUUAAAGGACCAAGGCGCUUCGAAUCUCCGCUUCGUGAACGCCUUGAUCCUUUCUAAACCCUCUCCUCUCCUCCUUUCCCUUUUAUCCUCAAUUUUGACGUGUUAUAUUUAAGAUAAGACCGUUCAUCUCCGGUGGUAAUUGAAAUUAAUAAAUUCAACACGUACAAUGUGCGGCGCGGUAUAUUUCCAUCGCUUUCAAGCGACGGGCUCUAAAAUGCUUGUACAUGCCACGUCUUCUCUCUAUUCUUUACAGCGAAUAAUCAUCAAUUUGCUUCUUCCAUAUGAUUUAAACCAAAGACAAUCCAUCACGUUUCAUCUGUGUUUCGUUAAUAAUGUAUUUUAAGUACUAGAUAUACAUAUAUAUUUGUCAUUAUAUUAUUCUAUGAUAUUUUUAUUAAUCAGUAUAGUACAGUUUUACUAAUAGUAGUUUAAUUGAAUGUAGGAUUUAUUUUAAUAAAGCAUAUUAGACAAAUUGUAAACCAUUGUAACAGAACAUAUCUACAUAAUCCGUCCAUAAUAUUCAAUUAAAAGGAUUACCAUAUAAAAUGAAAAAAGGAAUGUUGCAUUUUCAAUUAGUGCAGAGAAUAUUUAAAAUUGAAAAAAUAGAAUAUUUUUUUUAAUGGAGUUUUUGUUCGCAAAAUAUGUAACGUAGCGUGAACAAGCAUUAUCGGAUGUUUCUGCCAGUCGAUGAGGUGUACAGCGCAUACACGUAUACAUAUAAUAACACUUUGACCAUCUUAGUUAUCGAGAUUUAAAGAAUGUGAUAAUGUAAUAAAAAAAAAAUCACACGCCUUUGUAUCUAUGUUACUUUCGACUUCUGAUUGUUCUACUGCCAAAGCAUUCUUAUUAUACGGCAACUGCGACGUACCGUACACUUGUAAGCGACCUUGCUUCUUAAAGUUUUGUACUUCUAUUAAUUAAAACAAAAUACAUUGUUCUUGGAAAUAAGUUCAGCGCGCGAACAUCAUUAAAUAAAGUAAACGUUUCUUCAGUUUUA